AUGGGGCAGAGCUUCUGGGAGCAGUUCUAUCUGGCCCUCACCCUCCUACUCCUGAAUUUGGGGUCUGCCAUGACCAGAGAUGCCACUCACAGCUGCUAUGGGGCUCCAGGCCUGCCAGGCAUGCCCGGUGUGCCAGGCAAGGAUGGCCGGGAUGGGCUGAAGGGAGCCAAAGGCGAGCCAGGCAUCCCGGCCACUUCUGCAACACGAGGGCCCAAGGGCGCAAAAGGGGAACCAGGCAGCCCUGGCUUGCCAGGCAAGACUGGCCCCUUUGGUCCCCCUGGCCCCCCUGGAGACCCUGGGCCGAUGGGCAUGGCCGGAGAGCCGGGUAUGCCAGGCAGCUACAAGCAGAAGCACCAGUCAGCAUUUUCGGUGACGAGGCAGACCAACACAUACCCCAUGAUGAACGUCCCCGUGGUGUUCAACCACGUCAUCACUAACACCAACCAUGACUAUGACACCACCACAGGCAAGUUCACCUGCAAAUUCCCUGGCCUCUACUACUUCAUCUUCCACGCCUCACAGACAGGCAACCUCUGCAUCAUCCUGUACAAGAACGAGAGCAAGAUGGCCAGCUUCUGCGACCACAAGACCAACACCAUGCAGGUCAGCUCUGGUGGGAUCCUCCUCCGUCUGCGUGCUGCAGAUGAGGUCUGGCUGGAGGUGAACGACUACAACAGCAUGGUGGGCAUCGGAGACUCCAACAGCAUCUUCUCAGGGUUCCUGCUUUUCCCAGACUAG